AUGGCGGCUCAAACGGCUGUUACACCAGCCAACUUGAAGCUUUUUUCGCUAGUUAUUUUGAUUGUCCAAACGACAGCACUUGUGUUGACGCUUCGCUACAGCCGAACACAGGUGAAGAAGAUUUUCGGGACGGAAUCAUGAUAUUUUAUGAUUUUUUUCAGUCUGGAACCAAAUAUCUUUCGUCAACAGCCGUAGUUCUAGCUGAGAUCCUCAAGUUUUUCACCUGUAUCUUUGUCCUACUCAGGAAUCAUAGUAUUUAUCUAAAGUUUGAGGACGAGCAGGAUUACCAAUAUUUAAGGUUACCGCUGGUCAAGCUUCCAAAGCGAGGUUCAUCAGGAGAUUUUCAGCAGCCAGCAAAAAGUCAUGGACGCUUUGAAAGUAAUUUUUGAAUAAUUUGGAGUAAUUUUAAAUUACUUUUAUUCAGGUGGCUGUUCCGGCGGUGCUCUACGUUAUCCAGAACAACUUGCUCUUUUUCGCCUUGAGCAAGCUCGAUGCGGCUACCUACCAAGUAAAACAAAAUGUGAAAAAAGACAAUAAAAUAAUUAUUUCAGGUAACUUACCAGCUCAAAAUCCUCACUACGGCUUUCUUCUCAGUUGUUCUUUUGAGCAAAUCUUUGAACCGUUAUCAAUGGGUUUCACUUCUAUUAUUGACCGGGGAGUCGCUCUGGUUCAGGUAAACUUGUAAAGAUGUUGUUUUGUAACUUUAAAAGAAUAAUUUUUAGGAGUUUAAUGUAGAUUGAAAGGAAAGGAACCAUUUAGUAUACUUCUAUUCUUUUAAAAACCUCAGCAAGGGUGUUCAAAAAUAAUUUCUUUCAAGAAUAUUUUCUCAAAGAGAAAAAAGAGAAAACCAAUUUGGCAUUUUUCGCUUCAAAGCUCACAAAAACGUAACAAUUUCCUCUCCUUCAAAAAAUGUUUCGAGAUGCCUUCCGAUGACUCGAAAAAGACGGUAGAGCACGAUUCCUCGGACAGCCUUCUGGGCCUCGGAGCCGUCCUUUUGGCUUGCUUCUCUAGUGGAUUCGCCGGCGUUUAUUUCGAGAAGAUACUUAAGGGAUCACAGGUUUCCCUCUGGAUCCGGAACCUUGAACUUGGUUUGUUAAAACAUGAAAAAAAUUCAUAAAUGAUGAUUUUCUAGCUUUCUUCUCGAUUUUCGGCGGUUUCUUCAUGUGCUGGCUCUACGAUUGGGAGGCGAUCCAGCUUGACGGAUUCCUCCAGGGCUACAACAGAAUCAUUUGGGUCGUUGUGUUCCUUCAGGUUCGUUCAGAGGCUCAGUAACAAGUGAAAUUCGAAAAUAAUAACAAAUAUUGGGAGUUUUAUCAUUCAUUUUGACCUCCAUUUCCUGUAGCAGCUAGUUUCCAUACACAGAUUUUGAAGUGAAAACUAACCUUUCGAAAUUUUUUCAGAUGUCAUUAGAGUUCCCAAUUUUACCCGUUUUUUCGAACAAUUAUAGAUUAUAGAACGUUUUCGAAUAUAUUUUUAAGGUAGUUUUCAAUACGAAAAGAAUUUUCUAAACUCUGAAGAAAUUUGAUUAAUUAGUAGAUUUUUGAAUCCGCAGAAAAGCAUAAUUAGUUUCGAAAAAGAUUGGAUUUUCCCAAGUGCGGUUCAAGAGGCUUUCAAUUCAUUUGCAUCGCCCACACUUCAAAUUCAAUUGUCUGUUUUUUGUUCCUUUUCUCAUUUUCUUCGGAAUUGAAAACUUGAAACAACAUGGGAUAAUUCAAAAUUGAAUGUUAAUUUUGAUGGCUGCGCCCAAUCUAGAGCGGCUCUGGCUUUGAUAUGCUAUAGGAUGCCCCCGCGUGCAAGUAGUUUCAGUGUCGUGACUGUAUUAAAAAUAUUCAAGAUACGGUGGUCUAAAGUAUUACAGUGAAAAGUUUUAAAAAUCAUAUUUUCGCGGAAAGAAAACGACUUCCAAUCAAACUACAUUAUUGGUUGCAACAGAAAGAUAAUUCUAAUUUUUGAAGAUAUUUGAGAUAUUUGCUUAUUGUUGCUCAUAGUAGAGGCUUUUUCUAUCAAGUUUUUCUCCAGGCCUACGGUGGCUUGGUCAUCGCCCUCGUCGUAAAGUACGCUGACAAUAUUCUGAAAGGAUUCGCCGUCUCGCUCUCCAUUAUUCUGUCUUCUUUCAUGUCCUGGCUUCUGCUCAAUGAUUUCACCCCUUCAGUGUAUGUUUCUUGAACGUAUUUUAAUUUAAUCGAAAAAAUGAUAGGGGUGAUUAUGAUUUUAGGUACUGCAAAGGUUGAGAAGAAAAAAUAAUUAUAGAUUCGGCAUUUUGAAACUUUUUGCAAAACUUGUCAAUUUUGGGUAGCAAACUUGAGAAGCAGUAGAUAUUAAGAUAUAUUUGAUUAAUUUUUUUUCCAAGUUUAGAAAUCUAUACAGACUAUAUUUCGUGUUCAAAUUGAGUCCAAGAAAUACAAAAUAGCCGUCAGAGAAAGAAGAAGAUAACUAAAUUUAGGAGAUUCUGAGAUAAUUUUGCGUUUCGCGGGAAACACUUUGAAUAGUUCUAGAAACAUUUAACCCGAAAAUGCUCAUAAAAGAUUUUUCCUCUACACGUUAAAGAGAUAUCAUUCUAGGAUGUUCGCCGUCGGAGCCACUAUAGUGAUUCUUUCGACUUUCCUCUAUGGAUACGAGCCACAUCAGUACAGACCGAUUCACUCGGCUUGA